GUUUAAUGGUGUUAUUGUUAAAGAAACAAUAAAGUAAAAUGUCACAAGUUUAUAAUAGACCUAUUAUCAAUGGUAAUAAUAAUGAUACUAAUACCUUAUUAUGGGAUAAUGAAAUCUCAAUAAUUGAUUAUCCUAUUAGAUACCCUUAUGAUACUAUGAAUGAUUCGGUUAUUAGAAAUCAUUUCAUAUCUCCUAUUGAUAAUAUUUGGGAUUAUUCAUAUCAUUUAUCAAGAACUACAUGUAUCCCUAUCACCUAUAUGGAUACAUUUCCUAGAAAUUCAUCCAUUUGGUCAGAUUCAUCAUCAAUGACAUCAUUAUAUCCAUGGAAUAAUGAACAAUUGACAAUGUCACAACAACAACACCAACACGACUACCACCACCAACAACAGCAGCAGCAGCAGCAAACAUUCUGGUUAGAUAAUCAUCAUGAAGAAGAUGACAUUGUAGAGAAUGAAUUUAAUGAUAGUCAAAAAUAUUUAUCAACUUUAAUAGAAACAAAAUAUUCAUCUAUUGAUUGUAAACAAUUUGAUAGUUUACAAAUGAAUAUUACUACUACUACUAAUAAUAAUACUACUAUUAAUCCUAUGACAUUUAUUACUUAUAAUAAUAAAACUACUGAUAUGGAAGAUGAAAUUGAUACAUUUAUGUUAUCAUCAUCCAAUGGUAAAAUGAUAUCACCUUCAACAACGACAACGACGACGACGACAUCAUCAUCAUCAGCAGCAUUAUUGGCCUAUUUAAAUUUGGAUAAAAUUAAGGUUAUUGAGAAUUUGAUGGAUUCAAAUAAAAAUCAUACUCAGUCAGAAUCGAAUUCAGUUCAACAUUCAAGGAAUGUCAAAACAAACACUAAAUCAACUAUUAAAUCAAAUGAAUCAUUUAAACUUCCAAAUAAUAAUGGUAAUUUUAAAAGUUUAUACAAAACUGAUUAUGAUACUUAUCAGAAUGCAUUAAAUAUUAAUAAUAUUAGUGCUGUAAAUUUAUUAAAAUCUACUACAUCAGAAGAAUUACAAACUCAACGAUUUUUAGCUAAUGUUCGUGAAAGACAACGUACUCAAUCAUUGAAUCAAGCAUUUUCUGAAUUACGUCGUAUUAUACCAACAUUACCAUCAGAUAAAUUAAGUAAAAUACAAACACUUAAAUUAGCUACUCGAUAUAUUGAUUUUUUAUCUCAAGUACUUGAGACAUCAACACCACCACCACCAUCAUCAUCCGCAACAUCAUCAUCAUCAUUAAGAACUACAGGAGGAGUGAUAUCAUCAUCUAAUAAUAAUCAAUUGAGUGAAUUUUCGGAUGAUGUCUAUCCAAUCACAAGUAAAUAUCCUAUUUCUUGUUUAACUACUACUACUACUACUAAUCAUAAUAAUAGUACCCAAAUGAUUGAUCCAUCAUCAUUCUUAUCAACUGAUUAUAAUCCUAUUGAAAAGUUGAAAAGUUUAACACCAUAUUAUGAAUACAACUUGAACAAAAUGAAUCAGUGUCAUCUUGAUUUUCAAUAUACUACUACUACUACUAAUAGUAAUAAUAGUAGUGAGGAUGAUGAAAGUAAAUAUUUGGGAAUAUAUUCUAUGAAGAAUAAAAAUCAUUUCAUGUGUAAAAUUGAUUUGAAUGAUUAUAGUCAGUUGUCAUCUUCAUCAUCAACAUCAUCAUCAUCAUCACCGUCAUCAAUAUCCCCAUCGUCAUCAUCGUCGUCAUGUUCCCCAUUGUCGUCAACAUCUUCAAACUCUACAUCAGAGAUAACAAUAUGUUGUAAUGAAAAUAAUACAAAUACUAGUAUUUGUACUAAUAUGAAUAAUAAAUACAGAUUUUUAUUAAAUGAUUUAGAUUAUUUGAAUAGAUUCUCAUCAUCAUCACCAUCAUCGACGACAUCACAAUCAUUUAUAACAUCAGAGAUAACAACAUCAGCAACAAUGAAGACAUCGACGAUGGUCACGAUGACAACAACAACAACAACAACAACAACAACAACAACAACAACAACAACAACAACAACAACAACAACAACAUCCAUUUAUCCAAAUCAAGGUCUAAGUUAUGCAUUUUCAGCAUGGCGUAUGGAAGGUGCAUGGUUGUCAACAAAUGAUAAUAAACUAUAAAUUGGUUUUAGUAGAUAAACAGUAGAUACAUUUAAAGUGAUUGUGAUAUUUAUUAGUUUGAUUGAAUAUGUUUAUAAUUUCUUUUUAUUUAUUUCUCUUAAUAAAAAUCUACUUGUUUAAACAUACUGUAAACGAACAUUGAAUACAAU